AUGGCACCAGUAUCGCGUAAAACAACCAAGCGUUCCAUAUUAUCACAGAUAGCUGCCUUGUUUGAUCCGCUUGGUUUGCUUAACCCUCUCAUCGUCUCUGGCAAAAUCCUGAUGCAACAGCUGUGGGAGCUGAAGCUAGAUUGGGACGAAAGCGUGCCUCAAGACAUUUAUACUCAGUGGCGCGCGUUUCAGGAUCAUUUGUGCCUCAUUAACAACAUUCAAAUACCAAGGUAUGUUCCAAUAACUAACACAACUGAAAUCCACGCUUUUGCAGAUGCUAGUACCAGAGCUUAUGGCGCUUGCAUUUACCUUGUGACGCGCAUGGAGAAAGAGACAUCGUCCGCCCUGCUAUGUGCAAAAUCUCGUUUGGCACCAACGAAGCAAGUUAGUCUACCUCGGCUGGAGCUGUGCGCGGCAUUGCUAUUGGCCGAGCUUCUACAAUCGGUUGUCGCAAUAUUUUCACCUAACUUGAACAACAUUCACUGCUGGACCGACUCAUUGAUUGCAUUGUGUUGGAUUCGAGGGGAGCCGAGUCGGUGGACAGUAUUUGUGGCCAAUCGUGUCUCCAAAAUCCAACAGUUGACAUCCCAGUACAAAUGGCACCAUGUACCAUCUGAAAUGAACCCCGCUGAUAUUAUUUCUCGUGGCACAACAGUGGCUUGCAUCCGGAAAAAUCAACUCUGGUUUCAGGGCCCUCCGUUUUUGAAGCUUGGUCAAGGAGAGUGGCCAAGAUCGUCAUUAGCCGCUGAACCAGAUGUUCCUGAGCAUCGCAGGCAACGAGUGGUAUUAGUCGUCGAACGUGAAGUAGAUAUUAUUGCGGAAAACAAGUACAUAAACAGCUAUAACAAAUUUCUGCGUAUCUUCACGUAUGUAAAGCGUUUCAUCACGAAGGUGCGUGGAUAUUCUAUCACACCCGAAGAAAUAGCUGACACACUUGAACUAGUAUGCAGAAGAAUUCGGCAAGUACACUUCCCUAAUGAAUAUUUUAAACUCCUAAAAAACCACCCCAUAAAUAAAAAUUCUAAACUUGCUUCGCUGUCACCGUUUAUGCAUAACCAACUAAUGCGAGUUGGAGGAAGACUAAAAAACUCGACCCUGAGCUUCAACGCCAAACAUCCAAUCGUGCUUCCCCAUUCCCAUCCCUUCGUACGCACCCUUGUAACGCAUGUACAUCGCACAAAUCUUCAUGCUGGUGUUCAAACACUAUUGAACAUUCUUCGAGACAAGUUCUGGGUCAUCGGCGCACGAACAAUUAUCAGGCAAGUUAUUCAUAAAUGUAUUAUGUGCUACCGACAUCGUCCAGUCGUGACAGAGCAGAUCAUGGGUGCAUUGCCUGCAAGCCGAGUUACAGCAUCGUACCCGUUUGAAACUACAGGUGUAGACUACUGUGGUCCCCUAUCAGUUACUCAAAGAAUUAGAGGCCGUUCACCAAUUAAGGUGUACAUCGCAGUUUUUAUCUGCUUCACUACAAAGGCUGUGCAUUUGGAGAUUGCUCCUGACCUGACGACCGCCGCUUUCAUCGCGACACUCAAGCGUUUUAUAGCUAGGCGUGGAAAGUGUCGCGUUAUUGUCUCAGACAACGCAACAAAUUUCAUUGGAGCAAACCGAGAGUUACGGGAACUGCUUCAGUCAUUUAAAGCACAAGCACACAUAGAACGCGUGGAGGAUUUCUGCAGAAACGAAGGGAUCGAAUGGAAAUUUAUUCCACCAAGGUCACCACACUUUGGUGGCCUGUGGGAGAGCGCGGUGAAACUUGCCAAAUACCAUUUGCGUCGCGCUAUCGGCAUCAACGUGCUAUCACACGACGAACUCCACACCGUCAUCUGCCAAGCAGAGGCAAUAAUAAACAGUCGACCGCUAACUCCAAUAUCCAGUGACCCUAAUGAUCUUCGCCCACUUACGCCGGGUCACUUCCUCAUCGGCCGAUCUCUUCUCACCAUUCCUGAACCAUCAACAACUGCCAGCUCAACUAUGUUAGGCCGCUAUCAACACGUCCAAUAUAUUCAACAGCAGUUCUGGCAUCGUUGGCAGCAAGAUUAUCUAAAGGAGCUACAAAAACGUUCGAAGUGGAACACUGCCUCACCCAAUAUUGAAGUAAAUGACCUAGUGCUACUAAAGGAGGACUCUUUACCACCACUUAAAUGGGCCAUGGGUCGCAUUAUAGCUACUGUGCCAGGUGACGAUGGCAGAGUUAGGGUGGUAGAAGUUAAAACAGCAGAUGGCGUCUAUAAACGGGCAAUAGCAAGG